ACAAUUGGUUGAGAGACUGAGAGAUUGUGGCAAUGGCGGCUAUUGCAGCAGUUCUGUCUCUGCGUUUAGGAACCAUUCGCCCUUCUCAACCUUCCUUUGCCGGUUUCAAUUCGCUCCGGCACCAGACAUCUCUUCUCCGAUGCCAAAGCCUUCUUCUCUCCAGAAAUACGAGGUCUCCGGUCAAUAGGGUUCUUCAGGCUUGCCUCCGAUCCAAUUAUGCAAAUGAUGAUGCUUCGGUUUCGGUUUCGGCUUCAUCACCACAAGAACAUUCUGAGAUUGUAUUUAUGGGUACCGGAACAAGUGAAGGCAUUCCUCGUGUCAGCUGCCUUACUGAUCCUUUGAAAACAUGUUCGGUUUGCACAAAAGCAACGGAACCAGGAAACAAAAACCGGAGACUUAACACCAGCAUCCUUGUUCGGUACAUCAGACCGUCCGGAGGAACAAGCAACAUCCUGAUUGAUUGUGGCAAGUUCUUCUACCAUAGUGCCCUUCGAUGGUUUCCAACUUUCGGGCUAAGAACACUUGAUGCGGUUGUAAUCACUCAUUCUCAUGCUGACGCUAUUGGAGGUCUUGAUGAUCUCCGUGAUUGGACAAACAAUGUUCAACCUCACAUUCCAAUUUACACUGCUAUGCGUGAUCUCGAGGUGAUGAAGAAGACCCAUUAUUACUUGGUUGAUACGAGUGUGAUCAUACCUGGCGCUGCAGUCUCAGAGUUAGAGUUUAAAAUCAUACAAGAGGAUCAGCCAUUCAUGGUAAACGAUCUAAAGAUCAUCCCAUUACCGGUUUGGCAUGGAAGUAAUUACCGUUCCCUUGGUUUUCGGUUUGGUAAUGUCUGCUACAUAAGCGAUGUCAGUGACAUACCUGAAGAAACUUACCCGCUCCUUAGAGACUGUGAUCUCCUAAUUAUGGAUGCUCUGAGGCCUGAUCGAUCUUCAGCAACACAUUUUGGUCUGCCAAGGGCAUUAGAGGAAGUUCGGAAAAUCAAACCAAAAAGAACCCUUUUGACCGGAAUGAUGCAUUUGAUGGACCACGAGAAGGUGAGCGAAGAGCUGGAGAAACUAAUGGACACAGAAGGCCUCGAUGUCCAGCUAAGCUACGAUGGUCUUCGUGUACCAGUCUCAAUUUAACUCGUUUUCAUUUUCCCACCGGUAUAACCCGGUUCAUACCUUAUACAGUAUACAUAUUCCUUUGAUGUAUUAUUCUGUUCAGAACAGCCACCCAAUUGGCCAAUAUAUUUGUAAGCGAUUUGAAAAUUGAAAUCAAUAAGCUCUUGUUUUCGCAAA